ACAGAAACCUGCAAACUAGGACCUGCUGAGAACCCGCCUGUGAAGGGCAUACCCGGGGAAACGGGCUGGACCGAUGCUGGAGCUGUAUAUGGGGAUACCCCAGUCACCGGUGGGACAAAAGGAGGAGGUUGUGCAACGGGCCAGGCACCAGAUCAAAGGACACUGCUGGAGCAUGGAGUGCCACUCAGCAGAUCAGCAGUGCCACGUCCGCAGUGCCAGAUCAGCAGUGCCACGUCCGCAGUGCCAGAUCAGCAGUGCCACAUCCGCAGUGCCAGGUCACAUUGCCACGUCAGACAUAGUGCCACGUAAGCAGUGCCACGUCAGACACAGUGCCACGUCAGCAGUGACGUUCAACACAGUGCCACGUCAGCAGUGCCACGUCAGACACAGUGCCACAUCAGCAGUGACACGUAAGCAGCAUUGCCACGUCAGCAACAUGACGGGCCUGCCAGGCCAACUGACCAAUGAGACCAUUGCCGCCUACAAGCAGCGUUGCCUGGCUCAGAUAGAGGCUGAGGAACAACGCCUGCUGGCAGUCGAGGCUGCCCGCAUACAAGCUGAAGAGGCAGCAGCAGCAGAGAAACUGCGGCUACAGGCCGAUGCAAAAGCAGAUGCCCAGGCUCGCCGAAAGUCAGAGUUGGAGAGACAGCACCGGGACCUGACGCAACAGCAUCAGGAGUUUGCAAUGCUCCGCCGCACAGUGCAGAGCCACGAGGAUGCAACUCGGGCACUCAAUGCCCGAUUGUUGGACCUGGAACAGGCUGUACCAGGACCAGCUGCUGAAGCUUCCAGCAGAGCACCCUCAAGCCGCCAACUGGAGGACCGCGUUGACCACGUAGUGGCAAUUCUCGGCGACAUCAGCACCUUCGCUGCGCCGACCACCACCAUCAGUAGUCAGCUGCAUACAUUGAAGACCGAGGUCCAGAAGCUGCAGUCGACGAACGCGGACGACAAUCCGAAGAUGUACAAGAUGCCAACUUUCAACCUGGAGAGGUUCGACGACUACACACAGCAGGAUCCCGUCCUCUGGUGGGAAGCAUUCACAACGCAACUCAGGAUUCUGCCAGUAGCCAAGCAUGCGUACAUCGGCGCCCUGUUCCUGAACUCAAAGGGCGGAUGCCAGACCUGGUUGAGCCACCUGGCAACCUCCCACGGCGUCGACGUACCAGACUUGAAGGACGUAAUCACAUGGGAGGAACUAACACGGCUGUGGAAGAAGUGGUUCAUCGUCGACGACGCGCCGACACUCGCCAUCAAUCGUUUGUUCACCAUGUCACAGGGCAACACAGCAACACGGGACUGGCUCACGGAGUCCUGUGCGGCAUUGAGCCAGGCUCUUGGUGAUCGCGAGCAGUACUCAAAAGCAAGGGAGAUCAUCGAGACCAACAGGUUAGCUGCACACGAGAAAUCAACAUGGCAGCCGACCUAUGUGGAGAAGGCACGAACUGGUCCGCGACAGCAGCACUUCGCUGUAGUCCAGCAGGACAGUGGAGAUAACCCAGCAGCCACUCCAGCAUCAAGUGACGGAGAUCAGGUGGCUGCUGUCCAGUCGCGAAGCACCAACAAGUCCCGCAACAAUGGGAAGGCGAAAUCCGCAUCGCAGGCCGGAAAUGGACAGCCAGUACAAUUCUUCUCUAAGUUGGAUCUCAAGUCAGGGUACCACCAACCCGAGAUUCGCAAGGAGGAUCGCUACAAGACCGCGUUUAAGACUCGGUAUGGGCAUUUUGAAUGGCUGGUCAUGCCAUUUGGCCUUACGAAUGCCCCAGCCACUUUCCAAGCGGCUAUGACGAUGGAGUUCCGACACAUCCUGGAUCGUUUUGUACUUAUAUACCUCGACGACAUUCUGGUUUACAGCCGGAGUCGUGACGAGCAUGUGGAACACGUGCGCACCGUUUUGGAGCGGCUACGACAGGCCAAGUACAAAGCAAACCGMGACAAGUGCGAGUUCGCACAGCAGGAGCUGGAGUACUUGGGACACUAUGUGACGCCGCAAGGCAUCCGUCCGCUUGCGGACAAGAUCGAGGCCAUCCGCGUAUGGCCCGAGCCCACCAACACCACGGACGUUCGUUCAUUCAUGGGGUUGGCAGGCCAUUAUCAGCGUUUCAUCACCGGAUACUCAAGGAUUGCCGCACCUCUGACGAGACUACAAUCGCCAAAGGUGCCAUUCGUAUUCGAUGAUGACGCGCACCAGGCUUUCCAAGCACUCAAGACGGCCAUGCUCAUGGCACCCAUCCUUAGCAUCUACGACCCCACUCUGCCUACGAGAGUGACGACUGACGCUUCCGGUUACGGCAUUGGGGCAGUCUUGGAGCAGCACGAUGGCGAGGAUUGGCACCCUGUGGAGUAUUUCAGYCACAAAGUGYCUCCCAUCAAUUCUWUGGAUGAUGCAAGGAAGAAGGAGYUGCUUGCGUUCGUCAUGGCUCUCAAGCGAUGGCGRCACUUCCUUCUUGGGCGUCGUARGUUCACAUGGGUCACGGACAAUAACCCAUUGACCUACUACAAGACGCAGGACACGGUGAGCAGCACGAUUGGACGGUGGAUGUACUUCAUCGACCAUUUUGACUUCACACCGAAACACGUUGACGGCCUCUCCAAUCGCGCAGCAGAUGCACUUUCGCGACGACCUGAUCUUUGCGCUAUGACGCAUCACGCCUUCGCGUUCGACGAGGACCUCCAACGACACUUCAUCAAGGGCUAUCAGUCUGACCCAGAGUUUGCUACGUUGUAUGCGCAACUAUCUUCGGAUCACCCGUCGGCCAGCCACUAUCGCAUUGCCGACGGGUACUUUCUCCUCCACUCGAGAGGCAAGGACUUACUGUGUGUCCCACGCGACCGCCGUCUUUGGACUCGCCUUCCUGGCGAGUAUCAUGAUUCGCGACUCGUCGGCCAUUUCGGAGUCAAUCGCACGAUUGCACGGCUUCGACUACGAUUCCGAUGGCCCGACCUCAUUUCCGAUGUCAUGCGGUAUUGCGAUUCUUGCGAAGUUUGCCGACGCAGCAAACCCCGCAACCGCAAUCCCUAUGGCGAGUUACGCCCGAUGCCUAUCCCCCGGGAACCUGGUAUCUCCAUUGCUAUGGAUGUCACCGGUCCGUUUUCUCGAGACCGGCUCGGGCACGACGGCAUCCUCUCGGUUGUGGACCGAUUGAGCAAUUACGCACGUUUUCUUCCUUGCAAGUACUACUCCACGGCUCCCGAGCUGGCACGCCUCUUGCACACCGGUUGGAUUUGUGGCCACGGCGUACCCGAGGACAUAGUCAGCGACCGCGACACUCGUUUCAUGUCGACUUUUUGGACCUCUCUCAUGCAGGAGUCCGGCACGACGAUGAAACCCAGUUCGGCUCGGCAUCCACAGACAGACGGGCAAACGGAGCGGGCACAUCAGACCGCUCAAAUGAUGCUUCGUCCGCUCAUCUGUCCGGACCAUUAGGAUUGGGUUGACCGCCUCCCCGACAUCGAGUUCGCCUACAACACUUCAGUGCACCCGGCGAUCGGUGUGACUCCAUUCGAGUUGCACCACGGU